AUGUCUCCAAACGAUGCUUCUACAGUAAAUAACGACUUCUGGGAAAUCGGGAACUACAAGACAAAUAUUACACGGAUUCAUCAAGGAUAUGAGCAACUAGAAGACAUAACACGUUUUAUUAAAGACCGGGUGGCAAUAGAAGCUAGGCGAGUUUCAAGAAUUCUUGAGUUCCAUGAUAUUUUUCAAAUUUUUAGUUACUCGAAACAAUUGGAAAAAUGGAAUUCUGAGUGGAGCUCCUAUGCUGAAAAGCACCUUAAGGAGACUUUAUCCCUGAAAAAGUCAUUUAAUUUGAUAUUAGGAGAAGGAAAGGAAUUAGCAAAAGUCCACUUUGGAAUAAAAGAACGUUUCAUUGAUGAGGGCCUAAGAGCAAUAAAAUGGGUAGGACAAAGCUCUCCAUUAUUGUCCUUUCAGAUAUUGAAGACCAUAGAAUUAUUCAAACGUGACAAUUAUCAUAAAUCAAAAUUACGAGGUUUUAAAGAGGCUAAAGAGAUUGAAGACGAAUUCGAGAAGGCACAGAAGCAAUGGAAGAAAUUAUUUGAGGGGUUACAGACUGCCAAACGCAAUUACCACUCACUUUCACGUGCCGAAAAAUCUGCCUAUAUUCAAUAUAUGAAUUCCAAAGCGGAUCAGUAUGUCGCGGACUGCUCAAGUGAGAAGUGUAAGGAACGUUUUGAAAAAUUUCAAGAAGAUAGGAAAAAGGCGAAAGGCAUUUAUGAACAACAAUUGACAGAUAUUAAAGCAUAUAUAGGGUGGCUUUUACAAUUACAAGACAAGCUGCGGGAACACUUUACAGAAUUAAACGACGCUUCCAUUGAAGUUGAUUUGCGACAAUGGUCGAUCUUGCACGGGAUUGAAUGUAAUACAGUUUGGCCUGAAUUUGAGGAAUAUUCUUCUGAAUUUCGACAAAUUCACAAUCCAAGUUCGGGAAGUAGGAAACACCGUCAAAAGGAAGCAACAGGGGUUAUGCUUACAAAAAAAGUGCCGUUGGGAGAUGAGGAGCAAGCAACGAACGAAAUAAGGAAAAGUAGGAAUGGGGAAUUAAAACAUCCAAGAUGCAAUUCUGAACCGAGAUGUCAUCACAAUUUAACUGCUAAUGUGGUCGAUCCAGAAAAGUCUUCACUUCCUGGUCCAGAUAAAUCUCUUUUCCUCGAUAAUGACUUGAAGAAUGGAGGCAGAAAAGAACCUUUUAAUUCGCUGGAAUCGAGAAGUGAAGAAUCUUCAAGAUGUGUUAAUCGUUCAACAAGUGUAAAUCCUUCAAUUAAGCACCAACAACUUCAAUAUACAAGUGAAAUUCGGCAUGAAAUAAACAAAUCUGCAGAGGAACCGUCUUCUUUAAAGGGAAACUCCCCAUGUUCUACAUCUUCGAUUCCAGUCGACCCCUUGCCCCUAAGGAGUGGUAGCGACGUUAAUAUUUGUGGUGUGGAAAGAAAGUAUUCUGUUGAAUACAAAACAUCAGCAGAGAGUGUUGAACAAUCACAUUUGCAAUUACCUACUGGACCAGCAAAAGUCAUUUACAAUUUCGAUCCAAAUGAGCCAGACGAAUUACCCUUAGUUUUAGGUGAGAUAAUAGAAGUGCUUUCGGGUCCAGAUAGUCUUGGAUGGUGCCUGGGUGUAAAACAAAACAAGGAAAGAGGUAUUGGAGAAUGUACUAAAUUAGACUUCAAGUUCAUUGUAGGUCUCUUCCCGGCAACUUAUGUCUCUCCGCAAAUUCAGAUGGAGAAGCAUAUACAGUUUAAAUGAAGCAUAUUUGAGAGACAAUGGCCAUUUUAUAACAAUAAAAUUGAGAGAUUUAUAAAUUUCAUUUUUUUCUUCACUAUAACAUUUAAAAUUGUCUGCAGAUAAAAAUACAUAUCAGUAUAGCACGAUUUA